AUGGAGUUAGAAAAGGUUGUGCCAACGUUCCAACGAGAGCGUACCAGCCUCGAUCUGACCAGUGACGAGAACUUCGAUCUCAUCCGCCAUGCACAAGAAAGCGAUGCGGCCGACAGGAAGUUGACGAUCGGUCAGGCGUUGAAAAAGUACAAAAAAGCCGUGUUUUGGGCGAUGUUCCUGUCGACGAGUUUGGUCAUGGAAGGAUACGAUUUGGUCAUUAUCACUUCAUUCUACGGACAAACGCAGUUUCAAAAUCGAUUUGGUGUCGAAGAUCCCAAGACAGGGAAGAAGACAAUUCCGGCAGAAUGGCAGUCGGGUCUUUCGAACUCGGCGCUGGUAGGUCAAUUGGCUGGUCUCUUGAUCAAUGCGCACACACAAGAUCGAUUCGGUUGCAGGCCGACCAUGAUGGCUUUCAUGGUCUGGAUGGCAGUUGUGUUGUUCAUCCCGGUCUUUGCUCCGUCGCUGUCUGUGUUGGCAUUUGGUGAAGCCAUGUGCGGGAUCCCAUGGGGUGUUUUUCAGACCCUAUCGACCACAUAUGCUUCCGAAGUGGUUCCAACUGUGCUUCGUCCUUACUUCACCGCGUACGUCUGCAUGUGCUGGGGCGGCGGUAUCCUCUUAUCCUCUGGCGUUGUCCGCGCAGUCGCCGGAAUCCAGGGUGACUUGGGUUGGAGACUGCCAUUCGCAUUGCAAUUCGUCUGGCCACUGCCUUUGUUCAUCGGCACAUACUUUGCACCCGAGUCGCCAUGGAACGCGGUGCGCCGAGGAAAGAUGGAUCUGGCGAAGGAGUCUCUAAUGCGGCUUCGACAAGACGAACCAGAGAAAGAAAGAAGUGUCGAGGCGGCGAUUGCUUAUAUCAAAUACACCACGGAGUUGGAAAGGGCCGAGACCGAAAAUGCCAGUUUCAUCGAGUGCUUCAAAGGGACGAACCUGCGCCGGACAGAAAUCAACUGCGUCGUUUGGGCAGCUCAGAUCCUUUGCGGCAACGCCAUCCUCGGGUACUCUGUCGAAUUUCUCGAAGCAGCUGGAUUCUCCGAGCUCCAGGCCUUCGACGUCAACAUUUCCCUGUCGGCGUGCUACAUCAUCGGCGGCAUAAUCUGCUGGCUGAUGUUCCCCCACGUCGGACGUGCAACGAUCUACAUGGGCGGCAUGGCGUUCAUGUUCCUGUGCCUCAUCGCCAUCGGCGGUCUGGGAUGGUCCAAAUCGAAACACGCACAGCUCGCCAUCGGCAUUCUUCUUGUCAUUUCGACGCUCUGCAACAUGAUCACCACGGGUCCGGCGUGCUAUCCCAUCGUGGCGGAAACCCCGUCAGGAAGACUUCGGUACAAGACCAUUGUAAUUGGGCGAUUCGUGUACAACCUCACGGGCAUCUUCAAUAACUCGGUGACACCGCGCAUGAUCUCUGCCACCUCAUGGAACUGGGGCGCAAAGACCGGCCUCUUCUACGCCGGUACGAACUUGCUCUGCAAUAUCUGGUGCUGGUUCCGUCUACCAGAGACCAAGGACCGUACAUUUGGCGAGAUCGACCUCAUGUUCGAAAACCGUGUGCCGGCCAGAAAGUUCAAAUAUACUCACGUUGACCAAUUUGCCGUUGCGAUGCGCGAAGAAAAGAAGUCUGAGGUCGAGGAAAAGCCAGUGGUUGAGCACCAUGCCGUGGCUGAAGUUCCAGCACACGUCCACUGA